CACGCGCAUCCUAAUUAAGGGCACGCGUACAGGUUUAUCAAAAUAAUUAUUGUCAAUAACAAUAAUAAUAAUACAAAGCUUCUCUAUCAACAAAUUAUACAAAUCUUUUAACUACUAAAACGACUUACUAAAAUGACUAACUUAUUAUACAAAUCUUUUAACGACUAAAACGACUUACUGAAAUGACUAAACCCGGCGGCAGCCACACGUAGGGCCAUACUUCUUUGUUAAACGAUGCCUUUAAGACCUCUUGAAAGUAUGAAUUUUAAUUUUCAGUCUAACCCGCCAGCAGAAGUCCGCAUACAUGGUCAGAAAGUGUUGGGUACCUUUUCGACGGACGCAGAUCGCGGAUACUGCGACGAUGACCGAAACCGACGCUUCUUCCUCGAACCCGAUAACGAAGUGGACUUUGACUACACGAAAGGCUUCGAGGAAUAUGUUGAUAUGGGGGAUGAUCCGAACGUCACUUCGUUGACAAAUGUCUUGUGUUGGAUGCGUAAUCACCGGAGCUUGUUGACAGAGAGUGGGAUUUUGGAUACCAAGGCAUCAAGGCUUAACGUGGAUUUCGUAGGGCGUCGUGGAUUAUUAAGGAACCUCUUGGAAGCUGGAGGCGACAAAGACCUUGACAUCCAACUUUUGGUAACCCUCUACCGGGGAACCUAUUUCAUCUCCGGUAUCUGGAAGAACGAGGAAAAGCUACCUAGGAAUCAACAGAUGAUAGCAGCUUCUGCAAAACUGUUUCGUCAGUUUAUAACCAGCAAGGACGGUUACACCCCGGAUACCCCUGCUCCCGUGAACGACAAUGCAUCCUUUUACGCAAUGAUGAGCGCCAACUGCGGCAGACAUCGGCUGCUCUUUAGCUCUGAGGUGCAAGCAGAAAGGAUGGAUGAGAUCACACCCCCUCAACGGAACUACCUCAACAUACGCACGAUCCCGAACCGCCAGAAAAAAAUAAAUCCGAUGAAGGCCUUAAGGUGGUGGGCCGCCAAUACCAUUUCCGACAUUUCGGAGAUAGUCUGUGGAAUACGAGAUGAUAAACGUAGAAUCGUCCAAACAUUUCAGUACAUCGAAACCAAUAAACUUCAGACAGAAUAUGCUCAGAACAAGUGGCGACCAAAGGCUUGCAUCAAAACAAUGGAAUCACUCCUUUCUCAGAUCAAAGAACUGGUGCAAGAUGACGAUGCAAGUACCGUCUAUCAUCUCGUACUCGAGCCAGUUGAAGGAAGUUGGGGGUUGGAACAACGUCUAUCAAGCCGUCGCUUCGUCUCUCGGGGCAAACGAACAGACGAUUUCACUUUUGUUGAGGAAUCACUUCUUCACAACAUACUCGGUAUCAAUUGAACAUCAGUAGUCACUGUCUACCCAGGUGUAAAUGGUUUCCUGGCAAAUGCUGGAGUAAUAAUAUUUGCAGGGCCUUCAGGAAGUGCAGUGUUUCGUUAACCAGGCGUAGCAUAUUUGAUUUUGAAUUUGAAUUUGAAUUAUUUAUUUCCGGAAAACAUGAAAUAAAAGUGUAUAAAAUUAUACAUGUACAAGAAACAUAAAACCGCAACAUUGUAAAGGUUUAAAAAUAAAAUAGUCAAGAUCUGUAAUUGAGAAAAAGGGUAGGUUUGAAUGGACAAAUUAAGGGAACUUAAAAUCAUGCGAACAAUUUUUUUGUAAUAAAUGCUAUCUGUUUAUGAAUAAAUUAGCAGAAUUGUAUCAGGCUAUAUUACAAUGAUUUAGAGGUUGGAGUGAAAUUGCACUGACUGAUUAUAUUUUUCAAAAUGAAUUGUGGCAAGAAUCAUAGUCUACUUUUGAAUGCGUACAUCUUUAGAAAAAAACUGUUGCAAACAACACAAAUGUGUUUAUGCCAUGCUAGCUUGUUGCCUAGUGUCACCCCUAUGAAAUGUAAUGAAAAUCGUGUAAUUUUUCAAUCAAUAUGUAAUACCAAUUUAUUGUCAGAUGACAGGUUAUUUACUCUCUUUAAUUCACAACUAAAUUACUUAGUGAGUACCUGCCUGGGGUCUUUGUCUGACAUGAAAAUACAGGUGUCGUCUGCAAUCUUAAUGCAUUUGAGAUAAUUAGCCAUAUUAUAAAAAUCGUUCAUAUAGAUUAGAAAUAAAAGACGACCUAAAAUAGAACUUUGGGGCACUCCUCAUUUACUAGUUUUUAACUGGGAUUCUAAAUUA